GUACGCUGUGCCAUAGCAUGGAGUCCAGUCGUUGACUGCUGUGGCGUUGCUCGUUGCUGAAGAGGGAUCUGUUCGAUAGGCGGCCACAGCGAGUGCAAUUUGCUUUUGCUUUUCGGUGAUAGUCUACUAGGAGCAACAUUCCUUCCGUGAUUAUCCUUCAGUGCAACCUUACCACUUUGUGCUUGUACCAUAACUGCACCUCGGCUAGCUAGACUACUCAAAGAUCGAUUGCUGCCAUGCCACGCUCUGGUACCUUUCGAAGCGUUGUCGACUUUGACAGCAACGCUGACGACCUGCGUAUGGCGUUGAUGAACAUGAACAUUCAAAGUCGGGACGACAUUGCCGAAGCCAGAGAAGGAGUGGAUGAUCAACACACGAGUCGUCAACAUUCGACGUUGAGUCGGUCGUUGUCGGAGAGGACUGAAAGCACCGCAUGGACGACUGGUACUUAUUCCGAAUCUGAUGAAAGAACCAACGAGGAUGAGCGUCUGGAUGAAAGUUGGGAUUGGACCUUGAGCGACUACGACGAAGAACGGUCGGAGCCUCAACAAAUUUCCCAUGAAGUAAAGCGUCUGAUGAAUGUCCAGACCUUUGAUCAUAUGAUUGAACGAGAUGAUGAUCCCACCACUGCCAGUACCCGUGCUACCUUGGACCGGCUGACCGCCAUGGGACAACGGUUGCUCAAAGUCCCCAUUUGCGCUGUGAAUUUGAUGGAUAUUGGAAGGAGCUAUAUAAUGAGCAAUGCUGGUCUAGGCAAAACCGUCACGGAAAGUGGUCGCAAGGAAACCUGGUGCAAUCAUACCCUGCAGUACAAAGGAGAUCACAUGAUUGUUCCCGAUGCUACCAAGGACUGGCGUUUUUGCAAGAGUCCACACGUUACGGGACCUUAUCACCUGCGAUUCUAUGCCAGUACUCCCAUGGUGUCACCUGAAGGUUUUCGUGUGGGAACCUUUUGUGUCAUGGGAUGUGAAGCCAAGCCGAAUGGAUUCACUGAGGAGGAAACGGCAACCUUUUUGGAUUUGGGAAAACUGGCGGGUGAUGCAUUGAUCCAAGGUCGUCACAACAGGCGGAGUCGUAAAGCCAUGGAGGCAGCUGUGGAUAUGGUGCAAGCUGCCAAACAUGAUUCCAAGGGGCUCUUGCAGGGUAUCCAGCAUUGUCUCCAACCAAUCCUUCUCAAGAUGAACAAGGACCCACGGUCCCAAGAACACCGCAGGAACAUCUCGAGUGCGCUGUCGGCGACGGACGUUGUCGCGGAUAUCAACGAAACAACGUUGGCAGGUGUUCAGGGUGAGGCAUCGAAAUCUAUGAGCAGCACGGUGAUUUCUUCGUGUGAUGAAAUAAUAAUAAUGCCGCAGGAGAAGACAAAAAAUGACAAGAUCAUUAUUGUCAAAGAGACUUUGGAACUUCUUCACAAUCUCAUGGACCCGUUUCCAAAAGGGUCGCCCAUGGUCUUUUCGAUGGAUCCCAAAAUGCCAACCUCGAUUAUCACAAAAAGCUUGCACCACUUACAACGUGCUUGUCUCAACAUGCUUCGACAUGCGUGCUCCAAAGCUUCCAAAGGAGGAUCAUCUAUCCACUUUCGGAUUGCACCGGAUCAAAACAAUAACAAUAAACAGCAGCCACAACAAGCGAUCUUUGAAUGUCGGAAUAUUACAGGAUCGUCGGGUGUCGGACAUCAUCAAACCGGGGAAUACUUUGGAGAGCAAAAGGUGCGGCUGUCCAAAAAAGAAGAGCAAAACAAGAGCAACAAUCUUUCGGAAAUCCAAUUGUGGCCGUUGGCCUCUCACGUCGAUAGUCUAGGUGGGUCGUACGGAUUCCAGUCACCACAAUCGUUGGGCGGCGAGGAAGGACUCGCCAGCGUGUGGUUCAAAAUCCCGUUGAUUGCAGCCAAUGGCAUGGAAAUAGUCCAACGUGCGCGAGGAGACUCUAUCGCAAAGCGGCGCAAGGACGAGGACGCCUCUAUCCGUCCGCCUCUUGGCCCUACCCAAGCAACUUCUGAUGGGGCAAGCCAAGUGAUUCCUGAUAGUGCGAUGGACACUACGAGUGGUAGCAACUGUGACGCACCUCUUGUCCCACAACCUGGUGGCCACCGAGGCCAGCUGAAUGACACGAGUGAAGUCAUGGGUGAUGAAUUGUCAGGUAGCCGGAAGCGAAUCAAAUUGGAUGACAGCCACGUUCCAUAGAGCAACUUUGAAGGGAUGGCGACAGCAAAGUAGGGAUCACACCCAGGCCGCAGCCUUGCAUUUUUUAGUACAAGCAAUAGGUAGCGCGACAUUUUGACUUUCAAUGCACAUAUUAGCGAGUUACAAUUACAAAAGCUAGCUAGGAGUGAGCUCUCAAAUGCAUGUUAUUGCAAAUAAAAGUGGCGGUAGGCUGCUCUCUCAAGACGUCCUCCUUGAGAUGAAGCCAUGUUGAUUCAAAUCUCUCCCCUGCAAUAAUUGUUCAGAC